AUGCACAAAGAAUGCCAAAGGUGUUUACCAUCAAUUGCUCCAAUACUUGCUUGGACAUCUUUAGCGACUGAGUCAUACUUGACAGUAACAUCUCACUAUAUUGAUUAUGCCUGGUGUUUAAAAUCAGCUGUUUUAUCUACAAAGCCACUGAAUGAAAUAAGUCACACCGCAGAAAAUUUAUCAAAAGCUCUAAAUGAAAUUUUUAUUGAAUGGCAAAUCGAUAAUAAAAUAGUGUGCAUUGUGACAGAUAACGCAGCUAAUAUGAUAAAAACAUGCAGUCUUUUACAAAAUCGGCAUAUGCCUUGCUUUGCACAUUUAAUAAAUUUGGUAGUGCAAGAUAGUUUACCAUGUGUUGAGAACGUUUUAAAAAAAGUCAAGAGUACAGUUACUUAUUUUAAAAGUAGCUAUGUGGCUAUGGAAACCUUCAAAAAGGAACAGAAUACUAAUGAAGGAAGUGCUCCUUUAAAGUUGUUGCAGGAAGCUCCUACUAGGUGGAACAGUAGUUUCUACAUGAUUCAACGAAUCAAUCAAACUAGUGAGGCCCUUAAUAGAGCCUUAUUGCAGCUAAAAAAAGGCUCCUGCGCCUCUUUCAUUAGAAGAGUGCUGCAUUCUUAA